CGGUAGUCCAAUGCGCUACGCUCGUCGCAUCUGCCUCGCUUCCAUCGACGGGGCCUCCCUUCUCUACAAAUCCAAAUCCCAAACAAAAUUCCACCUAAACAACGCACGCUUCCGCCGGACAACUACCAGCAAAGGAGAUCUCGAAGCUCGGCCGGCGAUGGAGGUGAAGUGCCGGCGGCUGGAGGGGAAGGUGGCCGUCGUGACGGCGUCCACGCAGGGGAUCGGCCUCGCCAUCGCCGAGCGCCUCGGCCUGGAGGGCGCCGCCGUCGUCAUCUCCUCCCGCAAGCAGAAGAACGUGGACGAGGCGGUGGAGAGGCUCAGGGCCAAGGGGAUCACCGCGGUCGGGGCCAUCUGCCACGUCUCCGACGCCCAGCAGCGCAAGCACCUCAUCGACACGGCCGUCAAGAACUUUGGACACAUUGAUAUACUUGUCUCGAAUGCCGCUGCAAAUCCUUCUGUAGAUGGCAUACUUGAAAUGAAAGAGUCUGUUCUUGAUAAACUGUGGGAUAUUAACGUCAAGGCUUCUAUUCUUCUUCUUCAGGAUGCUGCUCCCCACCUAUGGAAGGGGUCAUCUGUGAUAAUUAUUUCUUCAAUCGCUGGUUACAAUCCGGAACAAGCAUUGUCGAUGUAUGGUGUUACAAAGACUGCCCUUUUUGGUCUCACAAAGGCUCUUGCUGCUGAGAUGGGACCAAAUACUCGUGUUAACUGUAUAGCCCCUGGUUUUGUUCCUACACGGUUUGCUAGUUUCCUCACAACUAAUGAAACCAUUAGGAAAGAGCUUAUUGAGAGGACUACGCUUAAGAGAUUGGGUUCUGUGGAGGACAUGGCUGCGGCAGCCGCAUUCCUGGCAUCUGACGAUGCGUCAUUUAUUACAGCUGAAACGAUUGUUGUCGCUGGAGGGACACAGUCUAGAUUGUAAAUCUGACUGAAGUCUGGAUGCUCAAUUGCCCACACUGGCAGUGGCAUGGCCAAUAAAUCUAGUAUUAGUACAUGUCAGCUCUCCUAGAUGAUAAAGCAAAUGUACUAUAAUAAAUCGCUGUGAAGCUCUAGGUUAUGAUAAGCUGGCUGGCUAUUGUUCGUUCAAUUGGGCUGCAGUGUAAUCUAGCAAAGACAGGGUAAUAUACUGAGAGAUGAAAUCAAUCGUUUAUUGUUAUAUAAAUUGAGUUCAUCACUA